AUUCAUAAUAUUGAUACCCAAUCAUCUCCAGGCCCUUCGAGUCUCUUUGAUGAUCACGAAAAUUUGUUCACGUCUCGUCGGUGGCGUUUCAUUUUACAUGAAUGUCGCUUCUCUUCGCCAGAUGACUCACCUGUCGAUGCUAAAAUAUUCGCAUCCAUGAUGUAAAAACACACCCGUGUCGCGUCUAUGAAUUCUAUGCACAUCGAUAAAUGCGUGUUCAUCUUGCAAUUUGCCGCAUUCAAACAAGCUGAAACAAGCUGUUGCUGAUUGUUGCAAAGGUUUGUUUUUUCUUGAAUUAAACUUGAUGACAGCGAGAGUCAUUAGGACCAUAUCCUGAAAAGAAAUUACGGGACAACUUAACAGCGUUUGUAAAUCGACAUCUAAUGCGUCGCGAGGCAAAGUAAUAUACACGAACUCUAUUAUGUCGUCCGUAAUUUUGAUUUUGAGACGUAAUUAAGAUAUUUAUGAUAAAAUUAAACGAUGGAGCAGCCCAAAAGAGCCGCACCUAACGAGGAGUUAAAAAUUCUCGAACCGGUCCUAAUAAAAGUCGGCACGGACGAACGGAUUCACAUCGAUAAAAACGAGUUCAAGAUCGGACGCGCAAGAGACAAUGACGAGAUUAUAUUGGAUACCAUGAUCUCUAGAAAACACUGCGUCUUUAGAUGUGAAGGCCAAGACGAAUGGACGAUAAAGAACUUAAGCUCUUCCACAACAAUAAUGGUCAACAAUCAAAUUCUGGCCACUGGCGAAGUACAAACUGUCCGUUCCGGUGAUAUCAUACAAUUAAGUUUUAAUGAAACGUUCAAAUAUGUAUUCACCCUUACCGAGACAGAGCACCGUGUUAAGAAGCCACGUAUAGACGAAAAGAUACUCGACUCUGUUUUGGUCAAGCAGAAAACUUUUGCCGAAAGCCAAGAAAGCCAGAGGAAAGAGUUGAGAAAUAAGCUUGAGAUAAAACAGAAGGAGCAAAUCGUAUUAAAGCAACAGCUCGAAGAUCUGUUGUCGCAGCAAGCUAUGGCUAAAGACGACAAGGAAAACUUGUUGAAGCAAAUUGCAGUGUUGGAAGAUAAGAUAAAGGCGUGUAAUACUCAGGAAGAGAAUCUGAAUAGCAUGUAUUCUCAAUUAUUGGAAAAGUUGGAAAACGAAAGGCUGCAGUUUGAGGCGAGGAUAAACGAGGAGAAACAGAAAUGGCAAGAGGCGUUAGAGAUGAGUAAGCAAGAGAAGGAGAUGUUGGAGGUAAAGAUGAAAGAUCAAAUGGAGAAGUGGAGAGAGGAGCAGCAAGCGGAAUGGAAGAAGAUGAUGGAGAGCAAGGUGAAGGAAGAGAAGGACAUUCAGGCCCAGUUAUUGAAUGAGAAGAUUAUGUUAGAAGCGAAAUUGAAAGAGACGGAGCAAGCCUUGAAGGAACAGGAAGCAAAAGCAGAAACUUCACAGGCAAUAUUGAAUAUAAACGCAGAUGAAACUGUCGCGAGUACAUCGGAGUGUAUAUUCGUGAACUUGAACGGCGAUCAGUACGAGGUUCCGCAAUAUGAAAUAAUAGACACGAUAGAUCUGACCGAGUUAAGUCAAAAUAUUCUAGAGACCAACAUUAAGGAAAGCGUCCUCGGAAAAGUGAGCGACAUAAUGGAUGAACAACUGACGUGCUCCAUAUGCUCGGAAUUAUUUGUCAAUGCAACGACGUUGAAUUGCGCGCACACCUUCUGUCAUCACUGUAUAAAAUCGUGGAACAGGAGACGGAAGGACUGUCCCGUCUGUAGGAAGCCAGUAAUAUCGAUGAUUAGAUCGUUAGUUCUAGAUAAUUUUAUUGAGAGUAUGAUCGACAACUUGCCUCCCGAACUUAAAAACAAAAGAAAGGAACUUAUACAAGAAAGGCAAGUCUGCACUUCUGUUUCAGCAUCGGAAAAGAACAAACGACCGUAAUUAUAAAGCACAAGUCGAAACGCAAAAAGACGGGUACUGUAGUAUUUUAUUUUUAUGUUAUAUCUUAAGAAGAAUAUUUACUGUUAAUUAUAUCUCAAGAAGAAUAUUUAUUGUCUAGUUAGUCAAACAAUUUGUACACCGUGUUGGUGAAGUUUUGCUCUCUAAAUACUCUCGAAAAUUCAAGUUUUAUUUUUAUAAAAAAGAUAUCCUUUGAAACAUCUUUUUUUUUAUUUCAUCGUUUUAUUCAUUUGCAUUGUCCGUAUAUAUGAUAGGUAAAAAUAUGACAUGUAUGUAUAAUUAAUGAAAUAUUUUUAUAAAACGUUUUUCUACUUAU